UGCGCAGGACUGACAAGCCUGGCGUGGAAGGAAAAGUCAGCCAUUUUCUUUCAUAAAAUUUCGGAAGUGUUUACAAAAUUACAAAAACUAGAGAUGUGUCGGAGAAGGGUAUUAUUACCUUGAUGUCAAAUAAUGGCGGACAUCCAAGGGAAUAUAUCUGCCUCUGAAUAGACAUUGUAUGGCCAGAUCUGACAGGAACAGGGAGUAUUAAACCAAGACGAGUAGUCUUCCUGUCAGGCGGUCACGGGUGUUUUUCCAGCCUUGGCGACCUGAGUUUCUUUUCAUAGUCGUACAUUGGAACACAAUUUCCGACAUGCUUAGCUGUUCAUAAUUCCUAAUGUGUCAUUUGUUAUGCACAAGUCUCUAAUGGAACAGUAUAUUUUACGGAAUUUACUGCAAUAAAUUUAUGACAAUUACUAAUUCAAAAUGUCUGCCACUCGGGGGCCACUUCCACCGGUCCAUGAAUCGGUGACAGUUAGUAAUCACGCUACUGAUGAUAAUGCCAAUCCUCGAAUCCCAAGGAGCCGGACGGAUGAGCCACACAUUGGAAAGUAUCGAUUGAUCAAAACCAUUGGCAAAGGGAACUUUGCAAAAGUGAAGCUUGCAAAACAUGUACCCACAAGCAGAGAGGUGGCUAUAAAGAUCAUAGAUAAAACACAGCUUAAUCCAUCAAGUCUUCAAAAGCUGUUCCGUGAAGUGAGAAUAAUGAAAUGGCUUGACCAUCCAAGUAUUGUCAAGCUAUUUGAGGUCAUAGAGACAGAAAAGACACUUUAUCUUGUCAUGGAAUAUGCAAGUGGAGGGGAAGUUUUCGAUUAUUUGGUUGCUCAUGGUAGAAUGAAAGAAAAGGAAGCCAGGGCCAAGUUCAGACAGAUUGUAUCUUCAGUUCAGUAUUGUCAUCAAAAGCAUAUUGUACAUAGAGACUUAAAAGCAGAAAAUCUGUUGCUUGAUGGAGAUAUGAACAUAAAGAUUGCUGAUUUUGGUUUCAGUAAUGAAUUUGUUCCUGGCAAUAAACUAGAUACAUUCUGUGGCAGUCCUCCAUAUGCAGCACCAGAGUUAUUUCAAGGCAAGAAGUAUGAUGGUCCUGAAGUGGAUGUGUGGAGUUUAGGUGUUAUUUUGUAUACGUUAGUCAGUGGAUCUCUACCAUUUGAUGGCCAAAAUUUAAAAGAACUGCGUGAGCGGGUCUUGCGUGGAAAAUACAGAAUACCAUUUUACAUGUCUACGGACUGUGAAAACUUACUCAAGAAAUUCUUAGUUUUAAACCCUCUUAAAAGGGCCUCUUUAGAGAACAUUAUGAAGGACAAGUGGAUGAAUAUAGGUUAUGAAGAUGAUGAACUAAACCCUUACAUAGAACCACCUCCCGACAUAAACGACCAUAUCAGAAUAGAAAUCAUGGUCAACAUGGGGUACAACAGGAAAGACAUAGAGGAGUCAUUAAGACUACAAAAGUAUGAUGAUAUCCAAGCAUGUUACCUCUUGCUAGGCAGGAGAACAUCUGAUUUGGAAGGCAGUGAUAGGUCUGGAAGCAAUUUGUCUUUACGACAAUUGACGUUAACCCCAAGUCGUCCUCAUGGUGAUAAUGCAAAUCAGUCUCCAAACAAGGUGACACGUAGCCAGUCGGCUACAAGUGGCGCGACUCAAAAAAUCCGUCGCUUCAGUCAUGGUGGAGAGAACAACGGUAGUAAUAAACGUUCAACAGGGUCUUCCCAAUCUCAGUCAUCAGCUCAUCCCUCUAGACGGCAAAACACCAUAGAUCAUUCGGCGCCAGCUACAAAAGAAAGCACAUUAACAGCAAGAAUGAAAACACCAUCUGGUGGUUCAAUAACGUCUGAUUCUCCAAAGAUAACCGCACCAAGUUCUGCGAGAGCAACCAUGCCACGGAAGAGUGCACAUUCAUCUUCUGCGACGUCAACACCAAAAAACAGUGUAAUAUCCCAUGGACAAAACACGAGCAUUCCACGACGGAGCACAUUCAGUCCUGGCGACCGGUCAGGGACACCUUCAGACAAACCAUCUAGAACAACAAAUGGCCAAGAUGUGCGCAGUCCGAGAAGGAAGCGGCACAAUGACACGGCAGCUUCCAGCAACCUUCCAAACUCGACAGGUUCGUCGGAAUCUGCUCCUGCAGCUCGACCUAAAGGUCAUGUGAAAUCUGCCAGUAUUUCUCAAGCCUCUCGGGUUACAGAUUUGCCACCAUUAUCUUGUGAUGGAGAACCUGCCUAUCGACCAACGACUGCUCCAGGAAAACCAUUAGCAAUUCCUCUGAAUAAACAAAAUCUUCAGCGAGGAACAGUAGCACGGAGUACAUACCAUGGAAAAGACAGACGACAAACUGUUAGUCCAUACAAUGGGCCAUCACAUACUCAGGACACAUCUGCCAUGGGCCCUGGCGGUCAACGCUCAUCCUCGUUUCUUAAUAGGAUAACGUCUAAAUUUAGGCCUAGACUGGAUGGCCAGGAUCCCGAACCUCCCAGCACACGUCUCAAAAGGAAUACUGGAUCAAAGUACAUCAAACGUUUUUGGCUUAGCAGCUCAGUAAUUCCAGGGUCUGUGAAUGAAUCGAAAGAAGCUGGUGAUCCCGUGAAACCCCGGUCAUUGCGCUUCACAUGGAGCAUGAAAACCACCAGUUCCAUGGAUCCCAAUGAUAUGAUGAAGGAAAUUCGCAAGGUGCUUGAUGCUAACAACUGUGACUACGAACAGAGAGAAAAGUUCUUGUUAGUGUGUGUCCAUGGUGAUCCAAAUACAGAUAGUCUUGUGCAAUGGGAGAUGGAAGUGUGUAAACUUCCAAGGCUUUCCUUAAAUGGUGUUCGCUUCAAGAGGAUCGCUGGCACUUCCAUAGGCUUUAAAAACAUUGCAUCAAAAAUUGCUAAUGAGCUGAAACUUUAAUGUAUGUUUGUGACUAUUGGUUACUGCACUCAGUCUGUGGAACAGGCCGACACGGUGUUGUCAUAGCUGGUCCUCUGCAGACUUCAUCUCGGACUCAUCAAUUAGGGUUUUAUUUUGUAUAAUGUGUAUAAAUUGUACAGAUCAUCUGCACAAGGCUUUCUCAGUUCCCUUUGUACACAAUUUUAUUGUAAAUUAUACAUACAGAAUUAUAUAAAACUUGGGAAUGAGAAAAUUUUUGUAGCAGAAUAAUUUUUGUUAUAAAUUAUGUUGUUCGAGAUGGUAUUGUUUACCAUUGUAAAUUAACCUUCAUUAGUGGGUGAUGUGAGAGUUGUCUCUUGUAGGAGCUAUGUGUCAUCUGGUGAUUUGAUGGUAGUGUUUUAUCCCAGUGGUCUCCACUAUAGGGAAGGUCAGUACAUUUGUUGUGUAGACUGUGUUGUUGAACCAUAUCAUUUCAUGCACCACAACAUCUGAUGGAAUUACAAAUGGCCAGACUUUACUUAGGCAAAAAUCAAGUAAGUAAUUUUGUGAAGUGCCGUACUUUGUUUGACAGCAAUUUACUAUUUAGAGGAAUUGUGUAUUUUUUUAUUUUUUUCUGUGACAGCUGGUCGUUUGGUUUGAUUACCUCUCAGAGUGGCAGAUCCCACUGAGAUGAUAUGACCAUUAGCUCAUGUUAAAGCGCCAUUCCAUCCAUUUUCUACAACCUCAUAUCUCAUUUUAUGUUUCACAGCAAAUCUCUCUGCUUUUGUUCACCAACUUUUGUAAUGCUUGUAAAACUGUCUCUAAAAGUAAUUGCAGAUACAUAAAAAAAAAAUUAAAUGUCAUCAACACUUGACUCUUUGAUGCUUAAUAACUGUUUCUCUUUUCUAAACAGAUAAUUGCUCUUUCUAAUUCUUUUUCUGUUUUGUUUUUGUGGAUUUUUUAAAAUGCAGUUUGCAGUAAUAAUAAACAUAAAUUUAUACAAUGCAUAACAAUUCAGUGAUUGUCAAGAUAAAGCAACAGUUCUGUAGGCAGUGUGUCUUUUGCUUGUCAUUUAUUCAUAAUGAAGAUGGACACAAAAUAAGUUCUAUUUUUAUUUUGGUCAACUGCUGCCAGUUCAAGGAUCAUUACUGUGAUACAGGUUUUCAGCGGAAGGUGAAAGUUAAGUUUUCUUUAUUUUUUAACCAGAUUACAUUGUAUUGAAAUAUUUUCCAUUAUGUGAACUGGUGCAAUAUUGUUUGCAAUGAUAUUAAUGUUAGUAUAUUUUUAAUAUAAAAUUAAUUUAAGAAGCGACUCGGUGGUUUGAAAAAGAACCUAUAGAAUGAUCUUUUAUUAUUUGAGAUCAUACUUUACUGUUUUGUGUUCUCUUCAUAAGAAGCAUACCGGUUAUGCAAUAACUUGAUAACAUAUGGGAUUCAUAAUAUAUUUGUGUUAAUGGUUUAACAAUACAGAUUUUUUUUAAAGUCAGGACUAUCCAUGUUCUUAUUUUUUUGUUUUUAAUUAAAUUAAAAUAAAUUUAAUUAAAAUAAAAACUUGAAUGUUCGUAUUAUAGUAGUUUUGCUCAGUAGUUAAGAUUUACAGAUUUCUACUAGUAAACAUAUUUGUGUUAAUAUGAAUAUAGAAUUUGUGACACUGGAACCUGCCAAAACUGGACCUUGAACAAACCGGAUGCCUGUUCAAACUGGCUGAAUUACUGGUCUUGAAUUUUUUUUUUUUAAUUACAUGUGUAAAUAAACCUGUAAAUUUUGAAAAGAGAGGUAAAAAUGUAUUACCAUUAACUAAUAUGAAGAAACCAUUACUUAGUGAAUGACAACGGACAUUACUUUAUGCUUGACAAAUGGUAAUGACAUGUAUCACAGAUAACCAGUUUCUGAGUUUCCAAACUGACAACUAAUGGGGAAAUGGACACUUAAUUGUUUUGAAAGAUAAUUACUAAUUAGUGACCAAAUUACAGAUAAAAAGUAUAUGGCAAGAGAAACAAUGUAUACUUCUGUAAAUAAAAUAAAACCAGAAAUGUCCUCUAACUGCUAGAUCCUGUCUCUCAAAUAAAUAGUAUGGUCAUACAGUCAUCCAGUUUCAGUAUGUUCCACUGUCCUAUAGUUUUAUUUGAAAUAUUAGGCAACUUUUAGGUAAUGUAGGUUGAGCAGUCCAUAACAACGUAUGGUUUUUUAAAAUCAUACUGUGAAAUUUAAAUGUACUUUAACUAGUAUGUUAAAUUAUGACUAUUAUUUAAACCACUCUAUGAACAUGGAAUGGUUUUUGGAGAUGGGGUUGGGAGGUUUUGUCUUUAAAUAAUCAUGCAUUUAUCUGUACAUCUUUAUGAAAAACUAAAACUCAUGACUCAUAAUAAUCUUGAUGUAAUUAUAUUGUUAAGUAUAAACUUUGAUGGUUUUGUAUAUCCCCUCCGUCCCCUUUGGAUUAUGGUCACAAAAUCCAUAUUCAUUUCAGUAUCUGUAAAGCGCUUGGUAUUUCAUACCUAUUUAACCAUGUGAGUGUUCAACCCAGGGCUUACCGGAACUACUUUCGUAAUUAAGAAUAACAAGUUCACUAUUUGUUAAACUAAUAUUGAUUUUAAAAGUAAUUAGUUGUGCCUUAAUCCUGCUUAGUACACCAAGGCACUAAUAUUUUCUUUUACCGACUUUUUUUUUUUUUUUUUUUUUUUUAAAUCUGUAAUACAGGUACUGAAAUUAAAAAACCAAAAACAAACCCAAUCAUGUCACAUUUAUAUGAAGUUCAGUUCACAGUUUGAUGUUUACAGAUGGACAAUUUUAAUUUUAUACAUUUGACAGGAUUGGAUAUUUUUCAUAAUUAUACUAAUCAUACUAAAUGUAAAUCUGGUAAUUUGUUCUAUGCAUAGGUGAUAAAAAUAAUGAUACUUUUUAAAAAUUUAGACCAAAAAACAACAACAUAGGAUUCUUAAUAUAAUCUUCAAGUGUGUGACAAAUAACUUUUUUUUUUUUUUUUUUAAACCCUGAUUUUAGCCUUUUUUGGAUCAAUUUUUAAAAGUGCAUAUGAUUUAAAAUGUUGAAAAAUUACCUUUAUUCUGUAUCUUUUUCAAAGAUCAUUUCAGCUUUAUUGUUAAAUUGAUAUCAUAUCCCUGAUAACUGCAUAUUGGUUAUUUCACAUCAUUUUAUAAAAUUGCAAUUAUAUCUCAGCAAGUUUAUUCACAACUAAUUAUCAAUAUAGUACUGAUUCGUUUGAAAAUAGGAGAAAAACUAUGAAAUGCAGUUACAUCUUAGCCAGUUUAUUCCCAACUAAUUAUCAAUAUAACACUCAUUUGUUUCAAAAAUAAGACAAAAACCAUAAAAGUUGAAGGAAGAACCCAAACCUGAAUUUGCCUCUUUAGGUCGGUCUUCACAUUUAAGAACAUUGAUGGUUUAUCCUUGAUUAUUUUUACAUUCAAAAGCAAAAAGUGCGGCAAACAUUGCUUGUAGGGAUGGAUAAAAUUGACAGCCACAGUGUAUUCAGUUUCUGCAGGCAUGUCAUGCGUCACCAGUAAAACUCAAUUUGUGACAGUAAAGCCAGUAUUAACAUUUGUAAAUGGUCCAGUACAAAAUAUUUUGACUUGAAACAAUAUUUUUAAUAAAUUUCGUAGUUCAUUAAAAAAAUUAUGUAAGUACUGGUGUACAAUAUAUGUGAUACAUUGUUUAGAGUUGGUCUUAUAGACUUCAGUUUUUAUAACAAAACCCACUUAGAGGAUGUGUAAAUAUGCACAUGUAUUUUAAAAAAACAAAAAGAACAUUUUGAAAUGGUACUACCUGAAAUAAAAAAAAUUAAAACAUUUUAAAAUGCAGUUACCUUUUUCCAUUGAAUCCGUCAUAAUUAUAAAAUGGUUAAGACAUUUUUAUCAACUGUUUAUGAUUUUGUAUAAAGUAUAUAUAUGAAUCAGGUGUAAAGCAAUUAAUUCUGUAUAGGAAAGAACUACUGGCACUUGCAUUUACAAAAUGUUCACAGCAAUAAGUGACAACAGUUAAUGGCUUCCAAAUUAUGCAAAUUAAUGUGUGCAAAGUCGUGUUUACUUGGUGAACAUAAAUGGAUCAACAAGACACAACCAAAAACAACGAAAGUACAAAAGCAAAUGAAAAGAGUGCAAUACAAUAAAAAUUGCUGUGAUUAGUAUAUAUGUAAGAAAAAUGAAAAUUGUAAAAUGUUGGGUAAAAUCUUAGCAACAAUGUUUAAAAUAUUAAAGCCAAUUUUAAAAAUUUGUGUUUAGGAUAGCCAUUUUAAAUUUCAAUGUGGCCACCAUGCUUUUUUUUCUACAAAUUAUUAUAAACCUACAUUAUGCUUUUUUUUCUACAAAUUAUUAUAAACCUACAUUAUGAGUCAUAUUUUAAUGAAAUUACAUUUGAUUUAUAUUAUUCAAGCCAUUUUGGAUUUCAAGAUGGCCACAACAUUUUUUUUUUGAUUUGCUGACAUCUUAAUAUCUAAAAAUGAUAAGACUGACAACAACUUUAUUCCUGACUAGUGUUGUAUUUUACAAGGAUUUAAGCAUUGUUGCCAAGAGUUUACACACAUUUUUUUCUUAUUUUACAUUUUCAUACAUGUAUACAAGAUUAUUGCACCAGUUAACUGAUAAUAAAAUUUCAAAUUAUACCAGUACAACAAACUUAAAAUGCUUGGAAGUGGGUAUUCACUUCAAGAAGAUUGGAAUAUAUGCAUUAAUGCUUAAUAGUAGUGUUAAAAAUUGUGUGUUCUUUUUAAUAUUUAUAAAAACGGAACAUUGUAUGGUAUUCAAAAUAAUAUAAUAGCAAUUACUAGGUGUUUUAUUGCAUUAAACUGGUAUCCGGUAAUAAAAAAUUUGUGUAUGUUUUAAAGUAGUCCAGGUAAGAACUUUCAUAUUUAUUAAGUUUUAAUUAAAGUCUGAAAUUGAUCUAUUAUGGCUUGGCUUGGCUUCUUGGAUUAUGUUGACAUCAAGUCUUUUAAUUUACGUUGAAACUGCUGAUUUCUUUUGCUUUUUAACAUUUUUAAAAAAAAAGUAUGCUUUUUAGGUGUUUUCAAGGAAAAUAAGAUAUUUUGUUCACACAUCUACGAAAUUUGUAUUUAUGAAGUGUUAAAAGGCAUUUCAGAGGUAUACGUUGAAAUAACCAAAUUUACACUCACAUAUCUGUGAAAUAAUAUCUUAAAAUAACUUGGCACAGACUAAGCUGUUAAAUUUAUAAUCAGCUAGAGUAAUAUUUGGUUUUACUUGACUAGUAAGGUGAUAAAAUUGGGUUUAAAGGACCAAGUCACUUUUAUUCACAAGGGCUAUUAAAAAGAAAAUUUCACCAUGAUUGGGGAGAUCUUAUUUUUUAAACUCUGUUGCCCAUCAAAUAUUCACUGAAAUUAUGUAGCGUACCAAUUGAAUUGCCUACUGUGUAGUGCAGACAUGUCCUUUUUCAUCUAAAUUGAAUUGAAAUAACUCGAACCAACCCACUGCUUUGGGGUUUUGUAUAAUAACCUUAACCAUCCCACCCACUAUCUUAUAAGCAUAAGAUAUUGCAUGGUCCACUUAUGUCUUUGUAUUUAAAAUUUCUGCUUUGUUAUACCAUUAGAUUAUUAAAAAAAAUAAUUAUAUUGUAUGUUUUAUCAUAAAUUAUAUAUGGUACAUAAGGCCAAAUCCAAUUAAAUAUGGAUUACUUAGGAUGUUUUAUCAUUUUCCAUUCAUUUCUUGGGAAUGGAGUGGUGCUUUACAAAACAAAUUCAUAUACAUUCUGUAGGCAGUUCUGUUUUGUAAGGUAGAUAUAAAUGCAGAAGUUUGUAAACUUUAAUUUAACUAUGGUUGUUUACUUUCAUACAGACAUUUUGCUUUUAUUGCUUUAAUAUUGUCUUUAUUUAUUUCGAGAUGAAGAAAAAUUACAUUUCUAUCUUUUAUGUGAUUUAGUUAACAAGGCUCAGCUUUUUUUUUUCUUUUCUUGCUUUUUUUUAAAUAACAGGAAAACGUUUCUUGUACAUAGGAAGUGUAACUUUAUGCAGUUUGUAAAGAACAAUAAUAAAACAAAUUUUAUUGGUUUAUAUACAUAUGAAUGUGAUAGAUCUUUGUAUAUGUAAGGAUAAAAGUGUUUUUCUCAUUGUUAACAGAAGUGACCAUUGUACCAAGACAUCAUCAUGGAUCGACUUCUAGGGAAUGAUAGCAAAUGACAAUUCAUCCAUUAAAAUGUAUAAAUAUACUAA